UGUUUUACUCGUCAGCAGUUGGAUCAAAAUUUACCUAUCUUACAGUGUAUUACGGUAAGACAUGAGAGUUGUGAUGUAAGCAAAAGACAGAUUGAAACCCUGAAAAGAUACAAAUGUAUUGAAUGUAUUGCACUUGACAAAGACUCGGCCGAAUCAAUUAAUUGAAACAAUUUAAUUUAACCACAAUCACGUUUAAUACUGAUGGCUUCAACAACUAUUAAGAAAUGAGGUAAAAUUUAAUGAUUUGCAGCUAACAAUUGUGAAAUCUAUUCUCAGCUGAUUAUGGAAAAAUUUCCUCUUUUAAUAAGUCUUUACUUAAUCUCUUGAUAUUUUGCUUCUUUCCCAACGAUAACUACACACAAUAUGGACUUCGGAGUCCGGAGAAAAAAGGGAAACUUCUCCACUACAAUUAAGAUAUAUCAUCUUCAUCAUCAACAAAGACUUCGGAGUUCGUAAAUAAAAGAACGAUACUCUCUUGUGUUCUCAUACAACUCAACAAAAAUAUUUCCCCACUGUAACAAAGUCAACAGUCUCGAAUCAACUUAUCACGAGUUACAUUGUCAAUUUAGAUUACAACAACUAUUAUAUUUUCAAUUUGAUAGUUACCCUCAACAACUUCCCGGUCUCUGGUUUUCUGGUAGUCCCGUGUUUACACCAAGAGUAUAUAAAUUGAUGUGCCAAAGUGGAACCAUUUACCAAUCAUGUUUACCAUUCGACUAACUUGAAUUCAAUUUUGUGCAACCGUUUUUAUACAUCUCCUAGUUUUUAACCAGUUACAUAAAACAAAACCUAAACCUAAACCAUUAAGAGUUUGGUUUUCUUAUCUUGCUUUUUUCCAUUUUGUUAAAUCUAUCCUUUAAUUUUAACCCAGACGGUUAAUGUUAGUCACUUCUUUGUUCACAUCAUCUUAACCGUUGUUUUGCUUUUGUUUCACACGCUUGUCUUUUGAUCCUCUUUGUAACCCAUUUUAACAUAAUCAUCAAAUUCAACUCUAUUAUUGCUGUGAUUCUGAAACCGUCGACAACCCACAAAUAUGAGCCAUACACAGGAGACUGAGAAAAUUUCAUGGUUAGCUGAUCUUUACCAGCGGACAAACAAAAAUUGGUUUGGUCUUAAUCAUUCAUCGGAAGCGUCUUCAACCUCAAAUAAUGUUUCUGAGAGCAAAAAGGAUAAUGUUGCUGAUGAUACGCUUAUUCGUAAAGUGGCUGAAAUGAUUCUUGAUGAAUUUCAUUUAAUUGGAGAUUCGGAUAAUGUUAAAAAUACCAAUACAAAGUUGGUCAACUUCACUCAACCAGCUGAUCUUGAGAAAAUUCUGAAAUUGGAAAUAACCAAGGAUGGUUUAACUAUAAAACAAUUGGAAGACUUUUGUCGUCAAGUCAUUAAAUAUAGUGUUAAAACAACUCAUCCUCAUUUCUAUAAUCAAUUGUAUGGCGGUGUCGAUCAAUUUGGUGUUGCUGGUGCAUGGUUAACUGAUGCACUCAAUACAAGCCAAGCAACAUAUGAAAUCGCGCCAGUUUUCACGCUUUUGGAAAGGAAGAUAAUCGAAUAUUGUGGCUCCAAAUGUGGUUGGGAUCUUGAUAAAAUCGAUGGUAUCUUCUCACCAGGCGGUUCGAUCUCCAAUAUGUAUGGCAUGAUUUUAGCCCGAUACAAUAAAUUUUCAGACACCAAAGAAAAUGGUGUUCGUGGUUUACCUCGUUUGGUUGCUUUUGGCUCAGACAGCUCUCAUUAUUCACUGUCUAAAUCUUCAAUUUGGAUGGGUCAUGGAACUAAUUCUGUUGUUAAGGUGAAAACUGAUGAUCGUGGAAAAAUGAUUCCUUCAGAAUUGGAAAAAGAAAUUGAAAAUACUAUAAAAGAUGGCGCUGUGCCCUUCGUGGUUAUCGCUACUGCUGGAACUACUGUUUUGGGUGCUUUUGAUCCAAUCCGAGAGGUAGCAGCAAUCUGUGCAAAAUAUAAUAUCUGGUUACAUGUUGAUGCUGCUCUUGGCGGAACUUUCUUACUUUCUUUGAAACAUCGCACUCUAUUAGAUGGAAUUGAAUUAGCUGACUCAGUUGCAUGGAACCUUCAUAAAUUAGCUGGAGCACCACUUCAGUGUUCCCUGUUCUUAACUCGUCAUUGUCAGCUUCUCCAACACUGUAAUAGUCUUAAUGCCGAGUAUAUUUUCCAGUCUGACAAAUAUUAUGAUGCUGAUUAUGAUUUGGGAGACAAAUCUAUCCAAUGUGGUCGUAAAGUUGACUCUCUGAAAGCUUGGUUGACUCUUGCUUCUCGCGGUGAAGAUGAAUGGGAACACUUGGUUGACAAUAUUAUCCAAAUGAAUCGUUACAUAACAGAUAAAUUAGCCCAUCGUCCAAAUUUUAAGUUAGUUUUGCCUCAAUUUGAAGGAUCUACUGUAUCUUUUUGGUACAUUCCAGAAAAGUUGAGAAACCAAACUCACAUUGAUCCAGCUACUCUCCAUAAAGUUUGUCCAGCUAUUAAAUCGCGAAUGAUGUCAUCUGGAUCUCUUAUGAUUGGAUAUCAGCCUUUGACCUGUAAAAACUUGCCAAAUUUUUUCCGCCUUUCUUUAACUUGCAUUCCUCCGGCAACAAUGGAAGAUAUGGACUUUAUUGUUGACGAGAUAGAAAGGCUUGGAAAAGAUCUUGAGUUUUGAAAGGCUUUAUAUCCAAAAUGAAAUGCUAAAAAAUAUAUUUAUACAAUACUGAAAAGUGUUUGAAAAGAGGUAUCACCAACUUAAAUAGUUGCAACUCUAAAUUAAUGGCUCCAUUAAUUUUUUAUGCUGAGAUUUUUGUAAAAACUAUCUGUAUGAAUUCAAAUUAACUUAAAUUCUCAUGCUAAUAAACUGUGAUCUGUUGAAAAUUGAUCAAAUAUAACAAA